AUGACUUGGCGACAGUUCUUCGUCCUCUCUUGUCUCUCCGCCACUGUGCUUCUGUCUUUGCUGCAGGACGGUGCUGCUGUGUCGGUGGGCACCCAGCUGACGGCUGUAGAAGAGGACCAGGGAGGUGCCAAGCAGGAGAUAUUUGCACAAGCGUCAGAUGCAUCUAAUUUCCUCAAGAAGCGUGACAAGAGAUCCUCCAAAUCCCAAGACGAGGUCAAUGCUGAGAACAGGCAGAAGCUGUGGGCUGAUGAGCUGCGCAGAGAGUACUACGAGGAGCAAAGGAAUGAGUUUGAGAACUUUGUGGAAGAACAAAAUGAUGAACAGGAAGAGAGAAGCCGGGAGGCCAUUGAACAGUGGCGCCAGUGGCACUAUGAUGGCCUGUACCCACCUUACCUCUACAACCGUCACCACAUCUGA